GCCAGACAGGGAGUUCAUCAAUUAUUUCUUGGGGGAGAAUAGAGAUUUAUUUUUACUAAUAGCAAAGCUAAAGUUGGAUCACUUAUUUUGCUAACUCUUUACUAAUAUUAACCCAAACAUUUACCUGUUUUCAACUCUACAGUGUUGCAGUGACCCUAGGGCCCCCUCAGAGUGAUGACGAGUUGAUUGUGACAGGUCCCUGAGACAAGUAGAGGUGUUUUUGUAACCAAGCCCCCUGCCCUGGUUUUAAACUGACUAUAAGCUGUCAUGAAAUCACAACAAUUAUUAUUACCUUCAUCAUAUUUAACCCCUUUUUAGGGCACACCCUGAGGACACUUCAUUGUCCACGUUGCCAGGUUUGUCCUCCCUUUGCUUUCACUGCCAGGUUCAAAUUGCCCCAGGUUGUGUUGUCCCCAGCAGGGCCCUCCCUCCUCGGCUGAUGUCAGCAGGGAUGACUGGGAAGCUGGGGGAGAUUAUUUAAGCAGCGUCGCUCUCUCUGGAGGGUCAGAAGUGAACCAAGGAAUACUGCAAGAUUCUCAGGAAUACUGACACAUUCCAACUGCAAUAUCCGAUCGGAAUCUUUGGAUUUUUAUCAAACUAAAAUUUGAAGAAAAGUUUUUUUUCCUGUUAAUUAUUAUCUGUAAGCUUGACUUUUAUUGUUUCACUGUUAUUUCUUGUACACGCAGAGGGAGAUGCUCUUGUGUACGCAUGACUGAGAAUCACCCAGGCAGCAUUCUAGAUCAGGCUGUUGUUUUCUCUCUGGAUUCAAUAGGCAACCACUUUCACCUAUGUCAUUGUUCAACACCAGUUUGUCUGCCUGACCUGCUGUAGUUUCACUGACUGUGCAUCCAGAGAAGAACUUCACUUUUGUUACUGAUAGACUGAUUUCGUUGCAGGUGUCUGAGUCUAUAAUGUCAAAUCUGUUUGCUGUUCUUCACCUUUUAGGUAUUUUGGGUCUGACAUACAGAGCAUUUGGAUCUGAACCAGAUGUUCCCUUGCCAAUCGCCUGUUUGACACGCGGGGCAGACAUACCGGAGUCCCGACAGGUGGUCUUGUGUCCACCCAACUGUACGCAGUGGCGUGUGUCGGUGUUCGGUUCCGGUGUGUAUGCCGCUGUGUCUAGUGUCUGCGCUGCUGCGGUACACAGAGGGGUGAUCCAAUCGUCUGGUGGUCCGGUAGAGGUGCACAGACUGCAGGGCAGAGUGAACUACCUCAGCUCCUACUCCCACGGUGUCCAGUCCCAGGCGCUGGCCAGGUGGACCUCAUCUUUCACCGUGGCCGGUGCUGUCUAUGUUCCCCAGGAGCUAUCCAGUAAGAUCACUUCUACUGCCCUCCCUGCUGCCGAACCAGAAAAGAAACCACUAAAGAAGCCAGUGAAGAAAAUCCCAUCAGGAGGAAAUAGAGACUGUCAGAUGGAGAUAGCUGUUCUGCUGGACAGCAGCCAGAAUAUCGGCAAGAGGCGCUUUACCCUGCAGAAGAACUUCCUUAGUAAGCUGGCAGUCAUGCUCAGAGUUGGACCAGAUGGGCCACAUCUGGGGGUGGUGCAGACCAGUGACAUCCCCAGGACAGAGUUCUUCCUGACAAACUACACUCAGCCCAAAGAGCUGGUCUCAGCCAUCAAGCAGAUCAACUACCAGGGAGGCAACACCAACACAGGUAAGGCCAUCAUGCACACCGUGGAGUCGUUCUUCAGUGCGGAGGCGGGGUUGAGGCGGGGUCACCCCAGAGUCAUCAUGGUGCUCGUCGACGGUUGGCCGUCUGAUGAUCUGGGGGAGGCGGCCACGCUGGCCAGAGAGUCGGGCAUCAACGUGUUCCUGGUGUCAGUUGCCAGGCCUGCCCCCGAAGAGCUGGCUAUGGUCCCAGACAAGGACUUUGCUAAGAAGGCAGUCUGCAAGGACAACGGUUUCUUCACUCUGAGCAUGCCCAGUUGGUUCACCACCACUAAGCAUGUGAAGCCCCUGUCCCAGCGCCUGUGCUCUGCGGAGCAGCUGCUGUGCAGCAAGACCUGCUACAACUCCGUCAACCUGGGCUUCCUCAUCGACGGCUCCUCCAGCGUGGGGGACGGCAACUUCCGCCUUGUCCUCGACUUCCUGUCCUCCAUUGCCGGGAGCUUUGAUAUCUCCGACGUGGGAACCCGAAUAGGUGCUGUUCAGUUCACUUAUGACCAGCGUUUGGAGUUUGGUCUGUAUGACUACAAGGACAAGGAGGCGGCCAUUAGGGCUCUGCAGAGCGUGCCCUACAUGUCAGGGGGCACUGCCACCGGCGACGCCAUCACCUACACCGUCCAGAACCUCUUCCUGCCCAGGAGGGCGGGGCCAGGGAGAAACUUCCUGAUCGUGGUCACAGAUGGGCAGUCCUACGAUGAUGUCAGAGGUCCUGCCUUGGCAGCCCAGAAAGAAGGAAUUACAGUUUUCUCAGUGGGCGUGGCCUGGGCGCCUGUUGAUGACCUCAGAGCGAUGGCGUCCGAGCCCAAGGAGAGCCACGCCUUCUUCUCUCGGGAGUUCACGGGUCUGCAGCAGUUCACCCAGCCGCUGGUGCGGUCCAUCUGCCAAGACUUCACCAAUGCCAACUAGACACCUCCUUUUCCUCACACACACAUAUAUAUAUACAUGUAUGUAUACACACAUACAUAUAUAUAUAUCGCAAACAAACCAGCCUGAGCUUUGACAUGGCUUCUUCACUGCCCUUCUUUAAUGCCUCUAUAAACAUACAUGUCCAGCCCAUCUAAAUACAGGUAGCUCCCCCUAAUGUUCUCAAACCACACUUCCUCUGAAAAUGUACAUAUUGGACAAUGUGUUUAUUCUCUCUAAAACACAAGGCAAGAUACUGGACAUGGGUCCAGUUGACUGGAUCAGACACCAUUAACUUCUCAGUCCUAGAGAAUACACACACACUCCUAACGCUUCCAUGCUUUUCUAUGUUGUAAGGCUCUAACUAUAUCGAUAGGCCUAUGUAUAUAUGAAUUUCAGAGCUAUCCGUGUUUUCUGAUUCAAAGUAACAGUGUCACGUAUGAAACAGCACCCCCUGUCCGUGUCUCAAGGUGCCUGCAACCACGGCAACGUACUCGUGCUCUGGAUGUAGUUCAUAACUGGCUGUCUUUUACUCAGUGGUAAGUGGUGUGUAGGGAGAAACAUACCAUUAUAAACUGUCUCCCAGCCUUCGAAUGAUGUUAUUGCUUCAACCUGUGACAGCAUGUGUUCCACUGACACACGCCUGCACGUACAUUUGCAUGUUGACCUAUACCUUGUUUUUUACAAGCAGAGGGAGAUUCUCCUCUGAUUUAAUGUUUCGAUUAUUCUGUAUUCCAUAUUUAUUGUUUCUUUGUUUUCCUUCAAUAAACACUGAAAGAAUUGUGUAUUU